UUCCGCGUGGGGAUUCGCCCCCGUGGGGGGCAAGAGCCAGCGGAUCCCGGGGCUCUGCGCGCGUGUGUCGGACGCAGCCCGCCCGGCCGCCGCAGGGACGCGCCGAUUCCUGCGUUGUUUACCGUGCAAGGGGAGGCAGGAAACCAGGGGUGGGGGAAGCUGGGAAGAAGACCCCCUCCCCCACCACGUGAAAACCAAGGUCCAGGCACGGAGUCGGAUCCGCCUGGCGGGGCUGGGCUGCGCUGCAGGGGUCUGGACCCGGCUGGCUGCUGAGCCGCGACCCUCUCUCCGCGCUGCGGGGGCGGAGGGCUCGUGUACCGCGGCUUUCCCCGCCCCCCUCCUGUUUGGGCCGGUCCCCCUCCCGCGCUAACCCGCCUGGUCACCCUGGCCUGCGGCAGCCGCCGGUGAAGGGUGCUGCGCGGCGGAGCCCGGGAGAUGGAGGAGGAUACAGCUGGGGGAGGAGAGGCGGGGAGGAAGCACCAGCUGGCGGCGGCGGGCGGAGGAGGAGCAGGCGAGCCGAGGGAUGACAGGGGGAGCGGAGCGGGAGGAGGAGAGGGCAUGUGGGACCAGCUGCUGGACGGGCUCCGCAGCCGGGAUCCAAGAGGCAGCGGCGGCUGCAGCCCCUGCCCCAGCCCCAGCCCCAGCCCGGCCGAGAUGGCGCUGCACAAGCAGGAGCAGGCGGUGUCCGAGGCGAAGGGGCCCAAGGCGGAGGAGGAUGGCGAGGCAGCCGGGGCUAGGGGGCUGCAGGGGGCCGGGCUGGGCUUCCAGCCUCCUGAAGGCGGUUUCGGCUGGAUCGUGGUCUUCGCCGCCACCUGGUGCAACGGGUCCAUCUUCGGCAUCCAGAACUCCUUCGGGAUCCUCUACGUGAUGCUGCAGAGCGACCUGGGCGGCGGCGAGAAGGACCCCACGCUGGAGUUCAAAACAGCGCUGGUCGGAGCCCUGGCCAUGGGGAUGAUUUUCUUCUGCUCGCCUAUUGUGAGUAUCUUCACUGACCGGAUUGGCUGCAGGACGACAGCAGCCUCGGGGGCAGCCAUCGCUUUUAUUGGACUCCUUUCCAGCUCUUUUACAAAGUCCCUUGAAGUCCGCUAUUUCACCUAUGGAAUCCUCUUUGGAUGCGGCAGUUCCUUUGCUUUCCAGCCCUCCUUGGUCAUCCUCGGCCACUACUUCAAACGCCGUCUAGGCUUGGCGAAUGGCAUCGUGGCCGGAGGGAGCUGCCUCUUCUCAAUGUCCCUUCCUUUCUUUUUGAAAACAAUCGGGAGCACCAUCGGGCUAGCUCACACUUUCCAAGUUCUCAGCGCCUUUAUGUUCAUCCAGAUUCUCUUGUCUCUGACUUUCCGGCCCAUCUUGCCACCAUCUUGUGACUCUCACCAUGAUAGGCAAGACAAACUGGCCAGCCGGAACAUGAAACAGCAGUGUGGGUCUCAGAUGCGGAAGUAUUUCAACAUGAGGGUUUUCCGGAGACAGACGUACCGAAUUUGGGCUUUUGGGAUUGCGACAGCCGUCCUGGGAUACUUUGUACCUUACGUGCAUCUGAUAAAGUAUGUGGAGGAGGAGUUUAAGGAAAACAAAAAGGAAUGGAUUCUCUUGGUUUGCCUUGGAGCCACAUCAGGGCUUGGGCGUUUGGUUUCUGGCCGGAUUGGUGACUGCAUUCCUGGACUGAAAAAGAUUUUCUUGCAGGUUGCCUCCUUUAUGCUUCUGGGCCUCAUGUGCAUGAUGAUUCCUCAGUGCCAAGCGUUUGAGGGGGUCAUUGUCGUCUGCCUCUUUCUUGGACUUUGUGAUGGAUUCUUUAUAACCAUCAUGGCCCCCAUAGCCUUUGAACUGGUUGGACCCAUGCAAGCUUCUCAAGCCAUUGGCUAUCUCCUGGGACUUAUGGCCAUUCCAAUGACGGCUGGCCCACCAAUAGCAGGAUACCUCCAUGAUUAUUUUGGGAAUUACUACCUAGCCUUUUACUUAGCUGGAGUUCCCCCAAUUAUUGGGGGCUUGGUCCUCUCUGUUGUUCCUCUGAUCCAUCAAAGAAUGCUCAAGAAGCAGCAGAUGGAUUCUGGCAAAGACAAGAUGUUGGUUUCAGAGACUGUCAUGAACGGUGAGCUUCUUCCAGGCUGUCCUGCCACUGAGGCGCAUGUAUAAAGCCUUUCCCCAUGCAGCCAUCCACCCCCAGAUACACACAUACACGCUAUCACCACCAGCAUCUUCUCACUUGACUGAGCACAGGCCCUUUUCUAAAAGGAGCAGUACCCUCCCAGAUUGCAGAUGAGCAGCACCAAAUACGUAAAGAAGAGAGGUCUCCUAGUUCCAAGCAUGAGCUAAUGGAGCUGUUUUUCAGGAUGUUUUGAUUUGAAACUUGUGUCUUUCACCAGCACUUUUCUGAAGAGAAUUCUCGCUAGAACUCUAACUCCGUUCCCCACUCUCAAUUUUCUGUUUCUCACAGCAGUGGUUUACAGUUAAUUAAAUGCCUUUAAAACAGGCUGUAUAUGGAGCUUGUUAACCCGUUUGAUUUUAGUUUCAGAUCCAUCCCAUCACACAACGGUGUCAGUGCUGCUUGGAUGAUGCCUUGGAGUGGGAUUCCAUUCCAUGCCACCUCAGUUUAAUCUGCAAUUAACAAAUUUUCAGACUGUUUUUUGAUCCCAUGUGAAGGCAAAAGAAGUCCAGUGGGGGUAAUCUUUGUAUCUUUUGUGAGAGUGCUCUGUCUCUCCUUGUCCUUCAAAGAAUCUAUCUUUGAAGCUGUCAGCAUGCUUUUAUGGACCAUCAGUUAAUCUCGAUAGAAUGGUCUGCCAGUAGACUCGAAUUCCUGCUAUCCUUCCUUGCUGUCCCAUGUUAAUAUACACCAAGAAGGGAACAGCCCCUUACUAUCUAAUCUUCUACCCAAUUGGCUGAGGACAGUGAAGGUAAGUUAAUGCAUUGGCUACUUCAGAUGCAAGUUUCACUGGUCUCAACACUCCUGUCUUUCCAUCUGUUCUUGGAGUAUGCUGCAUUGCAGUGGAAGAAUCCUUCUGACCACUUGCUGUGACUCGGUGUAUCACUGGUCUCCACCAAAGGUUUAGGGCUUUGUAUCACUGCAGGAAAAAGAGGGGGCUGAUAAAACAGAAGGGCAGAAAAGGAAGUAAAAAAAGAAUGAUUGGCUUUGUGCAGCUACUAUGAAUGACCAGCUCUAUACAUUCAGGUUUUCUGCUCUGAAAGCCAGGAAUCUGUACCAUUUCCCAGUGGUUCAAUCUGUCAUUCAUCUCAGAUUUCUUGACCAGUAACUAAAUUAGUAUGCUUCCAAACCAUCCAUUGAGAGGGGAAGAUUGUGCUGUAAUCAUUAAAAUACUAAAUUUUGGAAGGCAACAAAAUUACUAGCAUUGAAUCCUCCAAGAGGAACAGUUAGUCGGAGCUGAGUCCUGAUGUUUACACAAGUCAGUAUUGGCCUGAGCCAUUCCAGUUGGUUAACUCCUCUUUUAGUAUUAUUUUUUUUAAUUAAGUUGCAGUAUGUGAGUUAGUUUUUGCUCAGAAUUCUGAAUCCCCUAGCGUAUCUGUAGGGCUGUCAAAACAUGUGCCGUGUGAGC